UCUGAUAAAAUUGACUUAGUGGCAUUUCUCCACAUUCAAAUUAAUAUAUCCGUUGGGAAAUCGUAGAAAUGUUAAAUUAUUAGGAAUUUGUAUUGAGGAUUUGAAAUUUACAAAACGUGCUACUGAAAAGUUGUUGAAAUUUAGGUGACAUUGGCGCACAUUAUCCUCAUUUAGGAAUUGAAACAAUCAUUGCCACUGGAAACUAAUAACUGAAAAAUAUUAUAACGCAAAUAUAACACUCAACUUCAACAUAUUUGUCUUCUGCUAUCAAAAAGUAUGUGCAGAUUCCUGUGUGUUCGUCAAAAAAACCGCAAGCGCGUUGUGUUGUACAAGCGUUUUAUUCAGCAACGCGCAGGUGAAGUGCCGUGUUCAGGCCACGUGUUAAGUAAGCUGCAAAAAUAACACUCAAUUUUGACGUCUUGGCUGGUGAUCAAGUUUGGUAAAAACGUUUGCGGCCCGCAAUAAUUUUUCGCAUGUGACAGUGGCCCGCGACACUAUAAAGGUUUGGUGGGCCUAAUGCAGUGGUUCACAACCGGGCAGCUUUAAAUUAUUUCGUUCAUCGUUGUAUGUAUUCGCUGGACGAGUUCGAAGUGCUACAAUUCCUUGUCUUUAGAGAUCGCUACUGCCCACCAAAAUCGAAGCGAGACGGGCAUGUUUUCGCCCGCUUUGCUAUUACGUCCCCCGAUGCAUUGAAAAACGGAAACGGACGGAUGAUACUAUUGGUAUCUAUGUGUUGACUGAUAGACAUAAUCUUAAGUUUUAUGGCCAUUUAUCAAGUCUUUUAAUAAAUAUGUCACAUGUCGAAGCGAAAGUAUACCUCCUAAUACAUUCGCCCGGUGUUUGUGACAAUGCAGUGGCGGCAAUAAUUAAAUCCUUUCAGAUCUCGCGAUUCGGCAUGCAAUUAAUACGUUGAUACUGCACAUAAUUUAUAUGUAGAAACUUUGCAUGGCAGUCUGAAAAUGGAUAUGGUACCUUGAAAGACUUCCAUACCGCGUUCUUGUGACAUUGUUCUCCGUCCCUAAAAAGGCAGUUUUGUUGGUGGUACGGGCCGGCGUAAAAAUUACAAAAAUGGUACGUUGACAGUAAAAAAAUUGGCAACCACUGCUCUAAUGGAAGGGGCACCGCAAAAACGGUUAUUAUCUCGCUUUACACAAAUGCCCCAUAGAAUCCAAGAGCAACGUUCACAUUAAUUAAAUAAUAAACUAAUGCGUCGACAUAAACAUCUAAACAAUGAGUUUUUAUGUAUUGAAAAUGUAGGAUGGGCGGGGUGUACCAGAUUUAGAGAAAGUGUUAAAAGGGUGUAACAUUGAAAAAAGGGUUGACAAGCACUGACCUUGACUGCCACAUACUUAGGAUAGGUUUUUAAUAUUCAUACCAAGGAACGAGAUGAGAUAUUCAACAUUGUCAUGUCCACUUUCCACUCCCUAGAAUAAAUAUGAAAGAUGGUCUUCCCAUAUUUACCUAAAGUAAUAUUCUACUUGUCAAGAUUGCUUAUGUAAAUCUCAACUUUUUAUAAGUGAAUGUAACUUUGAUGGAGUCAAGAACAGAUGGAAUGAAUCGUUCGGAAAAACUUACAUCUGCAUCAGACGAUCUUCGAAAAACAGAAACUGCCUGCGAUUUUAUGAUUAAAGUUGGGGAGGAAACGUUCCCAGUUCAUCAGGAUGUACUUAUCGCUGCCUCUGGUUAUUUCCGAGCCAUGUUGUCUCACGAUACUAAAGAACGACAAGAGGGAGUCGUUGAUAUGAAGGAAGUUGAACCAGAUGCUGUGAAAUUAUGCAUCGAAUUCAUUUACAAACGGGCCACAACUGUUACCAUGGAAACAGUAGAAAUUCUUCUGCCUGCAGCUGGAAUAUUGCAGCUUAAUGCUCUCAGUGAAAAUUGUGUUGAAUUUUUAGAGAAAAACCUGAAAGCAGAAAACUGUAUUUCUGUGUUGAAGUUGGCAAGAACGCAUAGUUUCGCUGAUCUUGAGGAAAAAGCUUUGGAACUUUUCAGAGAAAAUUUCGAAGAAUUUGGAGAUUUUGCAGAACUUGAGAAAGAAGGAAGCAGUAUCUACUAUUUACACAAAAAUGGGGAAUUUUGGAUUGAAGGCAAUGAUGAUUUUGUUCAUCCGAAACCCACCGCUCAAAUUGUUACCAAUGAUCAAUUUAUUUAUGUUAUUGAAAAUGAUAAAAUAUCCUAUUGCGACGGUGUAGAGAAAUACUCUUGCAACAGUCCUUCGGUAACUCCCUCUUAUUGUGAUUCAUCAUUUUUUGCGGCCGUGACGAAUCAGCAUAUUUGUCUUUUAAGUUCAACUAAUGGGUCUGAUUUUUUUGAUAUUGCUAAAGAUGAGUUUUGUGGAGAAAUAUUUGGACCUCAGAAAUUAACAGAAAAUAGUUGUGUGGUUAGUUACCAUGGUGAUUUUUACGCUGUAACUUUAAACACAGAAGAAGGGAGUUCAUUUGUAAAAAUUUUCUGUUUUUUUAUUCAAGAUUGGGAGGUAAAAGAAAUUGGAACUUACUCUGGGGGAGUAGGUUUGAUGAGUUAUUGUGAAUCAAUUUAUGGUUUGGGAGAAUGCGAAUGGAAACUGGUGAAAGAGUUUCAAGUGCAGAUGGAUUCCAAACUCUUUUCUUUUUCAACUUCUGAAAAGUUGUUUAUUUUAGCUGGAGGAAUGCUAUAUUCAUAUGAUGAUGAUUCAGAUUCUAUACAAACAAUAAUUGAAAUGCCAAACUUUUCAAACAGUAACUUUCCUUUGGGGCAGGGCGAGUCAUUAAAGCCGCAUUCUGUUUGCGCUUUUAAAGGGAAUUUGGAUUCAUUGCCGGAAAUAGUAUUUGACUGAUCUUUUAGCUUCCGGGUAAAAAAUCUUGAAGUGCUUUAUUUCAUUUAUUGUCUAUUUUCCAGUUCAAAAUGUUCGUCUGUCUAACAAACUGUAUUUUGCUGAAUCCAUGCUUUCAUAAUGACUGGACAGCUAUUCCCAUACCUGCAAUGGCUUAUUAUUUGAUUGUACCGUCUCAUUGACUUUCCUCUCCUCAUAAUUAAUAUGAAAAAUAGUAUCUUAUGAUUUGCUUAAUUAGGCAAUUGUUUUAUUAUUUUAUAAUAAUAAAUAUGUGCAAUCCCUACGAAUUUCAAAUCUUAAUUACUGCAUUUUCACUACAAUUUAACCUUCGUUUUAAUCCUGACUUUUUCCAUUUCAAUAUUUAUUCAAGCAUGUUUGUAUUAUUUUCUCAGUAUU